CCUGAUCAUUGUUCCUGUCUUGAGUUCUGUCUCCUUUCCCACCCCUCAGGACUGAGCGUACUUUUAUUUCCAGUUUACCUCUGUUAGGACUGAUAUCUGAAGAAAAGAAAUUUUCCUGCUGGAAUAAGUUAUCUCGAAUUUUAGGAGCCUCUGAUGGAUACAAAAUUAAGGGAGGUUGUAGCCCUGGGUGUGCAGGCUCUAGUGGGCCAGGAAGGUUUGCUUACGGUGAAAAUGGAGGAAGAGGACCACUGCAGGGGCCAAGAAUUCAGCCUGGAAGGAAACAAUCCCCAGGAAAGAGAAUGCUUCCGUCAACGCUUCCGUCAACUCUGCUAUCAGGAGACACCAGGCCCCAGGGAGGCCCUGAGUCAGCUCCAGAUAUUUUGCCAUCAGUGGUUGAGACCAGAAAUGCAUACUAAGGAACGGAUCCUAGAGCUGCUGGUGCUGGAACAGUUUCUGACCAUCCUUCCUGAAGAACUCCAUACUUGGGUGCAAGAACAUCAUCCAGAGAGUGGAGAGGCAGCAGUGAUUCUGUUGGAGAAUUUGGAAAGAGAGCUUGAUGAACCAGAUCAUCAGGUGGGAAGAGGGAGAGGAGUUCUGCUGUGUGGAGAAGAAGAUGGUGUGACCAGCAUUGAGAACAUGGAGUCGACACUAAAGCAGGAAUAUAUUAAGGCUGUGGAACCACACAGGGAAGUAUCUGGUGGAUUAAAUUUGAAUGCUCACCAUGGCCCCAAGUAUGGAGAAGUUUGUGGACAUGAGGGCAGCAUAGCAAGGCUAUGUGAAAGUCCUACAGAGGAAGGACUGCAUAAAUGUGAUGAAUGUGGAAAACGCUUCACUCAAAACUCAGGCCUUAUUAGACAUCAGAGAAUUCAUACUGGAGAGAGACCUUAUGAAUGUAAUGUAUGUGGUAAAACCUUAGUAGGAAGUUCAGGACUUUUUAAUCCAGGAAUCCACAACACAAAACGCUAUCAGUGUAAGGAAUGUGGAAAAGCCUUCAGUCAGAGUGCAGGACUUAUUCAACAUCAGAGAAUCCACAAUGGAGAUAAACCCUAUCAAUGUGGCCAGUGCAGUAAAAGCUACAGUCGGCGCUCCUUCCUUAUUGAGCAUCAGCGAAGUCACACUGGAGAAAGACCCCACAGAUGCAAUGAAUGUGGGAAAAGAUUCAAUCGUCAUUGCACUAUCCGUCAUCAAAAAAUUCACAUAGUCACUGAAUUAAGCUAAUUCCUCCAAGUACUGUGAACACCUUUUUCAGGUAUCAGAUAAGUAGAUCUGGAGGUGACAUCAACAAAAUAGCAUCAUUUACUCAAUGUAUCUGCUUUGAAACAUACAAUUCACCCUGCAACCCAGAGAAUGGCAUCUAGAAGAAUGAUGUGGAUUUUACAAAUCAUUGCUUAUCGCUCUUGCUCCUUUGCAUCUGACCUGUUCUUCCCUCCUUUCCCAUAUUUGUUCUACAUGAAGUUGCCACUCCCGUCCAACAAAUGCAGAUGUCCUAGCAUAAGGUCUGGCCUUGAAAAAUCAGUAGCUGUUCUAAAAUCACAGGCUCUGGUCAAAACCUAUAGGUAGCAUCGUGCCCUACUGUCCUUUCCUGAGAUUCAUCUUGAAUGAAUCAAUUGUCCUCCAUGGAUCACAGUUCUUUGACUGGUAAAAGUGAUUUCUAAGGUUCCUUCUAACUGUGACAGGUUUUUUUGGUGAGUCUAAGUCCAAACAUAUUGUUAAUAUUCCCUAUGCAAAAAAUUCCUCAGCUCUGGUAGCCACAUGUUAGAAAUCCAAGGCAUUUUCUUUGUUCUGAUAACUUCAUUAAAUUCUAUUGUAGUGUGAUGAUAUUUUCCCAAUUUGCAUAAAACUUCAGACAUGUUUUUAGUCCUAAUUUUAAUUCUCCUUAGCUGGAAGGGUCCUCAAAUGUCAUUCAGUUCAACAAACAUUUUUUAAAAUUUGCAGACAUAAUGUAACCCAAUCCAAAUACCUAUUGAUUAUGUUAGAGCAUUAGAUAACGUCAGAACAACAUUUAUUGGGUAAAAUAAAUGGAUGAGAAUACUAAGGGAUGUUAGAGAAAAGAUAAUGAAAGAGAAUUUACUAUAUCUGACAUUAGGGUAUUCUAUGUAUCCAUUAUCAUUAUGACUCUUUAGUACUGGGACAAAAAACAUCCUACAGAAUCACAAUAGAAGAGAACAAAUUAUCCCAAAAGUAAAAACAUGCAAAUAUAAAAUACUGGUAUUUGAUAAACUAAUGAAUAAUAAAAUAUAGGAUUCAUUUAAUUUUUUACUAGAUAGCAAUAUGCUAAAAAAAUAACUUGUAUUUUAAGUUAGAAAGGAGCUUAUCAGUUCCAAACCUUAUUUUUACAGAUAAGGAAAAUGAGUUAACAAAGUGAAGUAAUGUUUCCAACUUCACUAGGUGGCAAAGCCAGAAAUGGAACCAAAAAUUCUCUGACUUUCCAGUCUCCUGUUUUAGAAUCUUACCUCAAAAUAUACAAUCAUUUAACUUUAUGUUGGAUCGAAAAUGAACAAUAAUUUUAAAGUGCCUAUUUUUGUGAAAAGAUCAUGUGUGGUCUUUGGGAUAUAAAGACAGGAUGAAAAACAGUUCCUGCCCUGAAGAAUUCUACAUACAAUAUCUAGUUCAACUCUGAAGCAUGAAUUCAUUAUAAAAUAUACUAUACUAUUCCUAAAAUAUACUAUACUAUUCCUAAAAAUUUCCAAUAACAGGACAAUCAAUACAUUCCAAGGCAGCUCUAAUUUUUGGGAAGCUUUUCUUUGUGAUGAAGCAAGAUCAUCCUGUAACUUUGACAUAUUUCUUCUAGUUUCCGCUCUCUGGUACCAAGUAAAGUAAGUCCAUUUCCCAUAUGAGAACUACAGAUAUCUGAAGUCAGCAAUCAGUAUUCUCCAGUCUUGUUUUCUCCAAACUAAACAUCUCAAAUAACUUCAACUGAUCCUUAUUUGACUAAGAUAGCAUAUGACUCAAAAAAUUUCUCGUGUAUCUUGAGCAGUGGACCUGCCAAAAUUGGCUUAUCAGUCAAGUAAAACUGCUAUAAAAUAUAGUGAUUUUUAAAAUAUAGGAAGUUUUAAAACUUCUAGCUUGUCAGAUGCAAUGAUGUUCUCUCUGGGUCUACAGAAAAGAGAUGAAUCUCUCACACCAUGCAAGACCUCCAGAAGGACUUGUAUUUACUUAAUUUACUUAAUAAGUGAAAGAAUAUGUCUUAUCUGCUCACCAAGAAGUUAUAAAUGACUAAUACCUUAUGCACAGCUGUCAGGGUUGUACAAAUUGGAACAGUUACCCUGAGCGCUAUACUUUGAGUCCAGGAAAGUGGAUUUUACAGAAUCCUACAGCUAAAAGAACCCUCAGAGAUCAUCCUUGAAUAACAAUCCCUUCAGCAAAAUCUGCAAGUCUAGUCUCUGCUUAUGAGUUCAAUAAAGGGAGCCUUCUACUACCUAUGCAGCUAAUUUCCACUUUUUAAUAGCUUUGUAAGGAAGUUUUUCUUCAUAUAAAGACUAAAUCUUCACCUUUACAACUUCUAUUGCAUAUCUCUUCUCUGGGGCAAGCAAAACUCUCUUUCAUAUAACAGCCCUUCAGAUACCUAAAGA